AUGUACACUUCAACCUGUGCAGCAUCGGAGUGCGUUGCAGCGAGCAUCCGGUGGCUCGACUACGCCAGCACAACCCUAAACCCAGAUCGACUGCCAGAACACGCCGUACACCUGGACGAACUACUCGACCUUUUGCGUAGCGCGCAGCCGCCGCCGUCAACGCUGCAAGAUGAGUGGAGCACACAGGUGUGGGCCAUGGCAGGGGAGCCGUAUCUCGUGUACCUUCUUCGUUGCCUCGCUCACCAGAGCGGUCUGACGCAACUAUCGCCGCACUUUGUCGUGCCGAGCACAGAGUUCGACAGCGACAACGGUGGCGCGGUCGCUGCCGUGACAGCAGGGAACCCCGCAAAACAUCCAUCUCGCCUGUUCUGGGAGCGGUGCGUGGUGGUGGGUGUGCGGGUGGAGCCGACGACGAAGAACCUCCUGCAGACCGGCUGGGAAACGCAGCCAUGUCCGCAUUGCGUGGCUCGAGAUGGUGCAGCGGCUGAUGUGCAUGAUGUUCCCGGCAGGCGAUCACAACCGUGCGUGCUGCCGCUCCUGUACGGAGGAACUCAAUGCGACGAGUGCGGCCAUGCGCUUCCACUGGUGCCAACGUGGACUCGUGUGCUCUACUUGGUGCUGCAGCGGUUCGAUCGUAGCCGAGCAGCAGCUGUGGCGUACGGCGAGGAGGUGCACCGCCACCUUUGGCUGGGAGUGACAAUCGAUGCUCUUCUUUACACAUCCGCUACGGAGCAGCAACAGCAGCUUCUCGUGGUGCACGCUGCUGCUGCACCGGCAGCCGCUGCUUCGUCGACCACGCUUCCAUGUGCCGAAACCACAAAGGGAGCAUUUCACAUCUUUUGCCAGGAUGAGCGUGUUAGCCGCCUGGCCCUGAAGUGGGGAGGCGGCACUGCUUUCUCUGCGGCAGCCAACCUUCACGACGUGGCCCGUCGCGUUGCCCCGCAGCUGCAGGGGCAGGCGUACGCUAAGGGGCUCCUCCUAUUGGUAGUGCUGUACAUCGUGUAUCAUGCAAGCCAUCCGGCAGCGGUUGGGUCGCAUCGGUACCCACUACACGUGCUACUCGUAGGACCAGCGAAGACGGGCAAAAGUGCGCUGCUGCGGGAGGUGGCGCAGCUUAUUGGGCUUGAGGCAGAGGUGCUUGACUCCACCGUAGUGCGAACUGGUGGCAGCGGCGGUGCUGCCGGCGGCUCCUCGUUCUCCGCUGCCCUUCCUAUGCGACGCAGUGCCGUCCUCAUGGCAGGCUCCGGUAUGACCGCCUCCACGCUGGUACUUGACCAACUCCCCUCUACCGCAGCCGGCGCGGCUGCUAUGGCGCCGCUGCUGGAGGCGAUGGAGCGGGGGCACGGCUGCGGCGCAGCAAGCGAUGAAGGAGGAGGCGCCGUUGCUGGAGGUCUCGAUGUGUACCAGCUCCCGUCAACCAUCAUUGCUGCCACCGGUGAAGAGAGUGCAGCGGCCGUGCAACUAGUGCCCUACUUCUCACUAGUCGCCGCCGUGGCGCCGACGAACUCGCUCGAUGACACUGCGAUCAUCAGCCAAGACGUCGUCGCGGCGUCGCGGGCGAGAUCGUCGCACAGCAGGGCAACAUCACGCAGCACGUCGCGGACAACGCAGCUGUCAGCAUCGUCACCGCACCAUUCUCAGCGCGGCCCAUCCGUCCCGCAGAGCACCUCUCACAGAACCGAUCCCAGUGCCCUAUCAGAGCGCCUGACACAUGACGACGUGCGUUAUCUUGCUCGACGCGCCGCUGAGCCUGUGCUGCUGAACAGCGUGGUGAGCCACGCCGUGUGCUAUGACGCGUUCAUCGACAAGCUGGUGGAUUGCGCAGGGCUUCUGGAGGAAACACAACCGUCAGUCUGCCGCGCUCUCCCGCCUCCCUCUGCGUGCCGUGGACAGCGUCACAUCGGUCAUCCCUCCGCCGCCUGUGACUCCCUGCGUGCGGCGCCUCUGGCCAUCGAUGAACACCUGCGCAUCUUGUGCGCUCUCUCCCGGGCCCGGGCACUGCUGGAGCGCGCGGAGCUCCUCUGCGACGCCGGCUGGACGGCACAGAUGCGCGACGAAGUCUGGGCGCUCUAUCAUGGCCACCUUGUCGCCUUUGCUGAUCUGAUGCAGCGCCGCAGCUGUGGUUCAGGGGCGAUGGCACCCCGCGAACCAGCGGAGGUGCUUCGCACGGCUUCGUGUCCGUCCUCGUUUUUCGUCGCCUGCGGCGGCAGCACGGCCACACCCGCAGGCUAUCCGUCCCCCAGUCGAUUCAGCGGUGAUGCUGCGGCGCUGGGAAGGGAGUGGAAAGGCGGGGUGUGUGCGAUGUCGUCACGCGAGGGACGGGGCCUCUGGCAUCCGCAGAAGACGCCCUCGAAGAAGCGAUGCCGACUGAUGUUUGUCGACGCGCUCCGCCAGCGUCAGCGUCUCUCAGCCCACAUGGAGAGUGCCGUUCCUCCGUCGGAAGUAGAGCACCUCUUCGGGCUACUCGGUGGCAGCAGCGCCUUUGGUGAUCCGCUUGAUGUCGUGAUAAGCCAGAUGCAGGAGGAGGGACUGCUCCUUCGCCGACCUGGCGGGUGGCGUUCGCUGUAG